AUGGCACACUCGGAACCGAAAUUCACAUUGUAUACUGUUGGCACUCCAAACGGCAUCACUCCCAAGCUGAUUUCACUUUACGCUAAUCAGAGCUCCUUGCUAAAAUUAGAGGCCUCUGCCGCGUUGGAAGAACUAGGUCUUCCUUACAAGGUUUACAAAAUCGACUUUUCAAAGAACGAACAGAAAGAAGAAUGGUUUUUGAAAAUCAACCCUAACGGGAGAAUCCCAGCACUUGUUGACCACUCAGCUCCUGGAGGAGACUUUUCGGUUUUUGAAUCUGGUGCCAUUCUCCAAUACCUUGCCGAUAACUAUGACCCCGACAACAAGCUCCUGCCCGCUGAUCCUUUAAAAAGAUCAGUAGCUAUACAAUGGUUGUACUUUCAAAUGGGAGGAAUUGGACCCAUGCAGGGCCAAGCGUCACAUUUCCAUCGUUUCGCCACUGAAAAGAUUGAAUACGCAAUAAAGAGAUAUCACGACGAGACCCGACGACUCUACACGGUUCUAGAACGUGGGCUGGUGGGCAAACCCUGGUUGGCGGGAGAUGAUUUCACAGUUGCUGAUAUAGCAAAUGCGUCAUGGGUGCUCUUCCAUACGUUUGCCGGUGUAUCCGUCGACGGCCUUCCAAACCUCCAGCGCUGGAUGGCAGAAGUUAAAGAACGACCUUCGUUCAAACGUGGUGCUAAUGUGCCUGACCCUUCACCAAUCUACAAGCCUCCUCCAACUGAAGAGGAAGCGGAAAAGACUGCCGCUGAGGCUCGUGCUUGGGUGCUGAAUUCAAACAAAAAGGAGGCUGUAGAUGACAAGAAAAAUGAUAAGUUAUAG